CCCCGCCUCCAUGCCCCAACCACACUUCCCGGACCCGAACCCGCCCGGGGCGGAGCUGCACCAGGUGCGGGCCUGGGGCGUGGCGGGCGCCACGGAGCGCCAGGUGCGGCUUCCGUGUCAAGAUGGCCGCCACCAGCUGGGCCGGGGUCUGGCUUCCAUCCCGCGGCCGCCUUCCCGCCAGGCGCCCGCUGCUGCGAGUCGCCCUCUGCCUUCUGUGCUGGGGCCCGGCGGCUGUGGGCGCCGUCCCCGAGCUCGGGCUCUGGGCAGCGACGAUCAAUGACAAAUCAGGACCUUUAAUAUUUAGGAAAACUAUGUUUAACUCUACUGAGAUCAAGUUUUCUGUGAAGUCAUUCAGUUGCUCUGGGCCUGUGAAGUUUACCAUAGUGUGGCUUUUGGAGCAUCAUACCUGUCACAAUGAAUAUUCUGAGCUGGAAGAGCUGUCACGAAAACAUGAACUUAGUGUCAGUGAAGACUUUUGUGGUCAUUAUUUCAAGAACAGCGAAUGUUGGACAACAAAAAAUGAAAACUUAGAUUGCAACAGUGAUUUACAGGUGUUUCCCUCAUUGAAUAAUAAAGAACUAAUAACAAAUACCGGAAAUGUUUCAAACCAGGAAGGGUCAGCGGAUGUUGUAGCCAAAACACAGAGAGAUGGGUUUCAUAUCUUUAUUGUUUCUAUUAAAACAGAAAAAACAGAUGCAAGCUGGAAUUUGAAUGUUUCUCUUUCUACGAUGGGGCCUCAUGGAUAUAUCUCUGCAUCAGAUUGGCCUCUGAUGAUUUUCUACAUGGUGAUGUGUAUCGUUUAUAUCUUAUAUGGCAUACUCUGGCUGAUGUGGUCUGCCUGCUAUUGGAAAGAUAUAUUAAGAAUCCAGUUCUGGAUUGCAGCUGUUAUUUUCCUGGGAAUGCUUGAAAAAGCAGUUUUUUAUGCUGAAUACCAAAACAUCAACAGCACUGGGUUAUCAACCCAAGGUUUACUGAUCUUUGCGGAGUUGAUAUCUGCGAUUAAGAGGACACUGGCUCGCCUCCUGGUGAUCAUCGUGAGCUUGGGAUACGGCAUUGUGAAGCCUCGUCUAGGAACAGUCAUGCACCGGGUCAUCGGACUGGGGAUUCUUUACUUUAUCUUUGCGGCUACUGAAAGCGUGAUAAGAGUCAUUGGGGAUUCUAACCAUUUAGCUGUUGUAUUUGCUGACAUUAUUUUAGCUGUUAUUGACUCCAUUUUUGUAUGGUUCAUUUUUGUAAGUUUGGCACAAACGAUGAAGACUCUAAGGCUAAGAAAGAACACAGUGAAAUUUUCUUUGUACAGGCACUUUACAAAUACCCUGAUCUUUGCCAUAAUGGCAUCUCUAGUGUUUAUGGUGUGGACAACUAAGACAUUUAGAAUUGCAAAAUGUCAGUCAGAUUGGAUGGAACGCUGGGUUGAUGAUGCGUUUUGGAGCUUCCUUUUUUCCCUUAUCCUUAUUGUCAUAAUGUUUUUGUGGAGACCAUCAGCAAAUAAUCAGAGAUAUGCCUUCAUGCCCUUAAUAGAUGAUUCUGAUGAUGAAAUUGAAGAAUUCAUGGUAACAUCUGAAAAUUUAACUGAAGGAAUAAAAUUAAGAGUCUCAAAAACGGUUUCCAAUGGAACAGCUAAACCUGCUACUUCUGAUAAUUUUGAUGAAGAUUUGAAGUGGGUGGAGGAAAAUAUUCCCUCUUCAUUCACAGAUGUAGCUCUUCCAGUAUUAGUGGAUUCAGAUGAGGAAAUUAUGACCAGAUCUGAAAUGGCAGAAAAAAUGUUCUCUUCAGAAAAAAUAAUGUGAUUGGAACCCACAUAAAUGAAGCCUACAUAACAGUGAAGGACUUCCUCAAGACUAAAAGAGAACUUUGUUUUGAUAUAGUACAAUAAGUUUUUAUUGCAUGAUCUUGGAAAUCUAUGUACUAAAAUUAAGAAUUCAGAUGGUGGGAGGGUUCUGCGACCCUUAUUAAGCUGACUCUUGAAUGCCAGUUUAAUGUCCAUUAAAUUGCCUAGACUUGGCAAUGACCUGAGAGAAGUAUUAUAAUAAAGAUAGGUGCUCAAAUGCCCUUAGCUGAUGGGUGGCAGGCGUGUGGAUUUGGGUUCUCUUUUUUUUUCCUGGGAAAUAUGACAAUUUAAAACAACUUUUUUACAUCAACACUCCUACUGUUCUUCCACUGACCUUUGUUUGAUUCAGGUGAUGUGAUUCUUCUGAGGUGUGGUAAAGCAGUGUCUCCAUCUCUUGGGUUUAUAGUUACUAGAUGCAGUAAUAAUUCUCUUUGAUUUUCAUGCUGAAGCAAUUUGAUAAGAAGUAAAACUUGGUUAACGUUGGAACAUAAGGAUGUUUAUAUGGUUAGGUUUGCUGUGUGUGUGUGUGUGUGUGUGUGUGUGUACCUGUGUGUAUGCACAUCUGCACAAAGCCCUUGUGUGUAAUUAUCACCACGCACAUCAAAUCAUAGCAUUGGUCUUCUCUGUCUGAGCUCAGGGGAGCACAGUACAUGGAGAGAGGUCACUUCCAAAGAUCUGCUCUGCCACUGUCCCCUCCCUCAGGCCAGAUAUCUGUGUGCUGCUGCUGAAUGCCUGGGGCAGAUGGGGUCCCCUGGCCACAUGGCUCCACCAGAGCACUUCCUCCCUGGCAAGCUGAGAGGCUCAUUACCAGUGAACCUUGAGGAAACUAGAACCUUCUAUGUAAUCCUAGCAUAUUUGGUUUCAUAAUAAAAUAUAUAUUUAACUGCAUAGUACAUCACUAUUAACCUUGUAACUAAUUUUUUAACCUUAAACCAUGUUUUAUACAUUAUUUUGUUACAUUACAUAUGUAAUGUGUAAUUUGAAAUUUUAAAAAUUUAAAAAAAAAUUUUUUUUUAAUGCAGAACGUUCUAAACUUGAAAAGCAGUUGAAUAUAGUAUGACGGAAAUGGUGAAUGUUUUGCUGCUCUCCUGACCAAAGAUACAGCCUAGUGAACAUUUAGAAUAGGAAUUAAAGUUAGAAUCCUAUAUGUCUUUCUUUGAAGGAGUUCUAACCUUGUGAGUUGAGGAUGACUUCAGAGUUUUUGAUUAAGCAUUAAAGUCUUAACCAGUACAAGCACUUAAAUCAUAACCUUUCAUUGAUUUUUUUCAUUGUGAAGCCACAAAACAAAAUUAUUUCUUUCAAAAGCCUGCGUUUUGAAUUGGUUUCUCAUUUACUCAUUUCAUAGGAGUUAGUAAAAACCUCUCUAGUAGUAAUGCCUCUUGAAAGAUACUUGCAAAUUUAUUUUCAAGAGUGAAUAUUGACCAUGUUGUACUGAGAAAGGUUUGGGACAUCCUUCCCAAGAAAAGAACAUCUAACAAUGUGGGUUCCCUUCCUUGUUUCUGUUUCUGCCACAAUAAUGGGCUCCCACCUACCAUCUUUCCCAGCAUUUAUGUCCAUUCUGGUUUUGGUGUAUUCUACCCUCAGCCCAGUUGUUUCAGAGCUGGAGGCGACCAGUGCCUUCUUGUUCCUAACAUUUGUAUCUAAUACCAGUCCCCAGAUUUUGAAGCAGAUUGAUCCCCAACUCAUAGGGCUCUAGUUGAAUUUUGAAAUGUAGAAUCCUGGGUUUCCAGCUGCAGAUGUCGUGGAGUGCGAGUGGGGAGUUGAUGGUAACUGAGUAGUAAUAAGGGAAAAUGCUUCUCAUAUAACCUUGAUAGUGUUUAUAAAAACACUUCUGUCUGCAGCUGGCAAGAAAAAUGAUGCUGCCGGUAUGGCUCAGGUGCACACCGAAAUGCAGACUUUUCUCCUCAUCACAGAAAGCAGUAUUUUCUCCUGAUAACCUCAUCAGAAAUGUUUUUCAAGGGGCGUAUACUGUGUCUGUCACCUUCAGUGGCAGUUGUGUUUGUUGGUGACUCGUGAGCUGAAUCGAGUAUUCCUACAGAGGGCCUUCUUGGCCCCCUCGUGUGCGCAGGAGGGGCUCCCUGGGGCUGUAGCCGUAGUUCUGAUGAAGGACCCCAGGGAGAAGUCACACUCAGAGCCACCGUACAACUCGUCAUCCCCGCUUCUGCACAAAGUUUCCAGAAACUGGGCAUCAGGGUCUUUGAGGCUAUCACAUCACUUUAUUCUUAGGAUGCCAUCAAGAUGGGUUUCCCUAUUAAUGCAGGGAUCUGAAAAUAAGAGUCCAGUUUUAUGUGUUCCUAGGCAAAAUGCUUAAGUGUUUUUAUUAUGCAAUUCAUGUUAGGUUUAUGUGAUGUAUGAAAUCUGCUUAAAAGGGAAUUAUCAUGAUUUGAGUUAGAUUAGUAUUAGUAUCUGCUUUAGUGGAGUUUUAAGUUAGUUUAUUUCAAAAAGUAAGGAAAAAUAGGUGAAUAUGUGAAUUUUUUAAGCCCAAGAGAUAAGAUGCUCCCAUACUUUUUACUUUUCCUGUAAAGAAAAUAAUAUUUAAAAUCUUUCACAUAUCCUGUAGAGAGUACUGACUUUCCCCCUCUACUGCAGUAUAUUAUAUUUGCACUACUGUAAUGUGAAGACUGAAAGUAUAAAGGACAUACGUGUACAUGAAAGUAUAAAUACUGUAAUGUGAAGACUGAAAGUAUAAAGGACAUACGUGUACAUGAAAGUAUAAAUACUGUAAUGUGAAGACUGAAAGUAUAAAGGACAUACGUGUACAUGAAAGUAUAAAAGGUUGAUUUUUAUAUCCUUUUUUCAAAAGGGAUUUGAGUCUAUUGCACUAGGCCAUACAGGACUGGUUUAUGAGACGUAUUAUGCUAGAUUUAUAAGUCCCUAGUUUUGGUACUUGUGUCUUUGUAUGAUCAACAGCAUGCGAUAAGCAAUACAAAACACCAUGCCUUAAAAGAAAGAAGUGUAAACAUGUUGGUUACAGUACUAAAUUACAUAGCGAAUGUAUAUAAGUGACAAAACUAGAUUUAAGGAAAUGUACAUUUAUAACACAGGAGCUCAAUAAGAAACUUCUUUAGAACUAGGAAAACAUGUAUUUGGGAAGAAAGGGGCUUAAGAAGUUAUAUAUUUUUAUUUAAAAGGUUAAAUUAUUGUAUAAUUUGGAAGAAGCUGCUCUGAAUAUAGGACAAAACUAUUUCAAAGAUUUUUGUUUGAAAAAACUGAUGUAUUUUUGUGCCUUAAUAUUUGUUCUGACAAUA